AUGGAUUUUAAGAGCGUGGUGUACAACGCUGCGAGGGACGGCAAGCUGAAACGUCUCAAGGUGUUCCUAGAGCAUCGAGGCAAGGAUGAGGUAGGUCAGUUGGUUGGUGCAAAGACUCAUGGCGCAACACCCUUAGUCAUGGCAUGCCGGAAUGGGCAUUAUGAUGUGGCCGAAUACCUCAUCGAAAAAUGUGGGGCGGACGUGGAACAACCUGGAUCAGUGGUGUUCGAGGGAGAGACGAUCGAAGGUGCACCGCCUCUAUGGUGUGCGGCAGCCGCUGGUCAUCUUGCACUGGUCAAGUUGUUGGUGAAACGAGGCGCCAAAGUCAACUCGAUCACGAAGACCAACUCCACGCCUCUCCGUGCCGCCUGUUUUGACGGACACUACGACAUUGUAAAAUUUCUGGUGAAUAAUGGUGCAGAUAUCGAGAUGGCGAAUCGACAUGGGCAUACGUGCCUGAUGAUUGCGUGCUACCGCGGUCACAUUAAAAUCGCAAAGUUCCUACUCUCCCUGAACGCGGACGCGAACCGCAAAUCUGUGAAAGGCAACACGGCGCUGCACGACUGCGCCGAGAGUGGAUCCCUGGAGAUACUGAAGGUACUCGUCGAGCACGGCGCCAAGAUGGACGUGGACUCUUACGGGAUGACGCCACUCCUCGCGGCAGCAGUAACAGGUCAUACACACAUCGUCGAGUACCUCAUAAGCAUUCCGGAUCUAUUCGAUAGGAAGGCACACAUUGACGCCCUGGAGCUACUCGGAGCUACAUACGUGGACAAGAAGAGGGACAUGAUCGGCGCCUUGCAGUUCUGGAAACGAGCCAUGAAUGAACGAUACCGAGGAGACCGUCCGGUGAUAUCAAAACCUGAAUUCUCGCCCGUCGUAGCCGCUUACGAUUUCGCCCGUGAGGUGAGCGAACCCGAGGCUCUGGACGAUCUGUUGGCAGAUCCGGACGAGAUGCGUAUGCAGGCACUAGUGAUCAGAGAACGAAUAUUAGGACCGGCUCAUCCUGAUACGAGUUACUACAUCAGGUACCGCGGAGCGGUCUACGCAGAUGCUGGUAAAUUCAGCCGUUGCAUCGAGCUGUGGAACUACGCCCUCGACAUGCAGCAAGACAUGCUGGAUCCGCUGAAUCCAAUGACACAAAGCUCUUUAUUCAGUUUCACCGAGCUCUUCAGUUUCAUGAUGGGCGAGGAAGGAAGGCAGACGGUUAGAGGCCGUAGGGUACCGCCGGUAGAGAGGCGAGAUCUCAUGAGAGUUUUCCAGAAAGCUGUCAAGGAAGUGAAGAAGGGGAAACAAAUGGUGGACAAAUUGGGCGAUCAGGUGUGCGAGCGUGAUCUGACGUUUCUGAAUAGAGUUCUCGUCAUUACUCUGCACCUCGCAUGCUUGUUGACGCGCGAGACGGGUGAGGACAACAUUGAGGAACACUUUGCCUUGCACAAGGAGCUCUACGACCUAAUCCAAAUAAACGCCAGAGGCAGGCAGGGUCGCGAUGCACUACAAUUGGUUCACAGCGAGGACGGUGCUCUGGUCGGGAGGUAUCCCACGUGCAAGUUUCCAUCCUCUUACUUGACUAAAGCUCUGCUCAGAGUAGGCGCGAACGUGAAUGCGAAGGACAACGACGGCAACACGGCCCUCCACUUGGCUGCGUUAUUGCGCCCUUGGCAACCGCGCUUAGCGAUCGAUCUGCUCGACGCCGGCGCGCAUCUCGACGCGGUUAACAACGACGGCAACACGUUCGAGACGCUGUUGUGUGACAAGAAACUCUAUGAUUCGAUUUACCCGGUUAGGUAUACCACGCUCGCGUGCUUGGCUGCGCGAGUGGUCAAGCAAACGUACAGGGAAAGCAGUGUGCCACGUUACCUACGCGCUUUCGUCAAGAUGCAUUAACAGGAUCCUGAAGAGCUGCGGCACUGCGAUCUCGAAGCGAUCUUACGUUUAUUUUUCUGAUUACUGACUGAUUACUGAGAGAGUUUGACUACUGCGGGAUGUAAUAAUGAUCGUUGACGAAAACAUGCUAACUUUUACCCGUUGUCAUUCACUCAUCUUCUAACAAUCUGAACCUCACUCUUUUACUAUGCAGUACCCAUACUGAAACAAAGGUAAAAGAAUGAAACACAAAGAAAAAACAAAGAAAAAGAAUAAAAAGUACUAUCAGACUCCUGAUCAUCCUGAUGUGCCACGCGGUUACGGGUGCAAUGAAUUAAGUACGGGAACACGGGAUGGACCUCGGUUUUGAAAAGUCCAAAAGUCGAUUCCCACUCACCACUGGGCACGACGUUCACGAUGACUUCCUGGUUCGAUGUUACUUAUCUCAUCGUUUGGAGAUCACACAGUUGUCUAUAGUAAUUUUUCAAUAUUGAUUCUCUCUCUUCGGUCAGCUGUUCAGCGAGGAAUCAAUAUACUAGAUGGAUUAGCACGGACGCAAAAAUACAAUUUUCAUUACCAGCGAUAUAGAACGCACCACAAUAACACGAAGCGCACACAAUCCCAAAAAGAACUCUUGAUAGCCUCUCCCGUAAUAUAAAAAAUACAUGUUUUGUAGUAAUAAGACUUUUGCAAAGGGAUAUAAAGGAUUUCCCCUUUUACCUCGGUUGAUAAUCCUUUCUUUGUGCUUUGUAUUUAACUUAUUCGAUGUAAAGGAAAAGACAUCAAGUGCACUUUUGCACUUUUCUAACAAUUGCGGCGACGUUGUAUUGCGUUUUGCUAUUGAACAUGUGAUAUUUAAUAAAAUGCAAUAUUUUAAAUUUUACCUGUAUAUUUGUAUACACGUAUUUCGAUACGGCAAUAACGAAAUACGUUCUUGCGAAAAUUCAUGCAUUAUCGAAUAUUAUAUGUCCCAAUAAAUGUAAAACGAUUAAGUAAAACAAUUAGAAAACAUUUCAAAAAUACGAGUUUUUGACUCUCGCUCUUUCUCUCUCUUGGACAUUAUAAAUAUUAUACGUGUAAUGUUAUAUAAAUCCAAGAAAGAAUUUUUAAAGGAUUACAAUAAAAUCAUGUAUAUAUUAAUGACUAUAUACAUACGAUGAUACGAGAGAAACACUGACUCCCGGGAUGAAUAAGAUACGAUCGAGCACUGACCAGCAUUGGUCACGCGACGAUAAUGACGCAAAGAUAUCGAAUAAUGUGAUCUUAUUAUUACAAACUCGGCUAAUUGAGAGAUAAGGCCUUUCCCUUAUACAUAAACCCCGCGCGCAAGCCAUAUUAUAUAUAUACAUACAUACUACGUUGAUAACACUUAGCGUUGAUGACUAUAUUCAAGUGUAACUGAAAUGUGUAACCUUAGAGAAGUGACUUUUUACCUUGCUGUAUAAACGAGAUAAAGAGAAGAACAUGGAUUUGUAAUAAAAGUUUUCUGACUCU